AGCGAACUCUUUGUGACAGAACCGAACACUUCUGCUCGGUGUAGCGCGAAUGGAAGGAAGCAUUGAAUGACAAUGAGGUUGAUGAUGCUCUCCUUUGUGGCCAUUCUUUUGCUACGGCAUGCGGAAGCAGCUGCAAACUGCGCCAAAAUGGCCGGCUGCCGAAAUCUUGCAGGUGGAGAUCAAACACGGCCAGUCUUAGAGGGCGAGCAAUACUUCACGCAGCCCGAUGGGGCUUGCUCCUUUGGCCAUGUCGCGGAGAAUGGUCUUCAAUGCAAACCUGGACCAUCCUGUGGCUAUACGCUCUUCAACUGCAUUUGCAUUAGUGAAGAAGCAGCAAGGGACAACUCCACGGGCGCUCGGAACAGCCGCUUUCUCUUCGGCGGCGGUGCCAGUGUACUUGCAAUGACCUUUGUGUUUUGCGCCUGGAUCUGGAGGCGGCGGCCACACCGCAAGAUCGUUCCAUCGAUCGGACUUGGAUGGCCACAAUCCAUAGGUCAGCCGCAGAGUCGUUUCACCGGCGUUUGUGUGGAGCAGGGGCCGGUCAUUGCGGAAGAGGUGCCAAAUGCGAAGAUCGCGAAAUGGGACUGUCUCAGCAUCGCAUUCAUCGUGUUUCUGCCGGGCACCCUUGUGGUGGCAGGCAUUGCGAUCUUUAUCUCUGGCUUGUCUAUCCAUGUUGGAGAGUAUUACAACGGAUGCCGCAUAUGAGAUGAUUUCUCCACCUGAGGUUGAGCUUGCUCGCUCGCUGCGUUUGAUGCUGCGUGGUGCGUGGUGCGGCGCGCCCAGCGGCGCCCGAAAUCAAUUGUUUAAAUUCAACGCCAUGUCCAAGCUCUUGAAAUCGGUGCUCCGUUUUCGACCGUUU